AAAAAGAAACAAAUUAAGAUGCAACAUUAAGAAAAGUGCUUCAUAUGUUUCAAUAACUUGUAACAAGGUGUUGAUGAACGUUUGGUGUAGGACUGUAUUUAAAAUGCCCGCUAAUAUUGUGACACUAGUGCAUGAAGCUCAGAGUCUGCUCACGCUGGAUAUACUCCAACUUAAUCUUAGUGGCACUUAGUUGCACGAAGUUCUCGAGCUGAAAGGAGAGUGGGGACAUUGUCAUGCAAUCGGAAUCUCUAAUGCUAAAAAUGUAAGUCGUAACAGAGAUUCUGAUUGGAUGACUGCGUCCCUCUCUCCGUCCAGUUUCAUCAUGUGUUAUUAUAUUUAAAUUUGAGUGUUAUUUCUAUAUCCACCAGAACCAGACCAGAACUAACCAAGGCUUCCACCAGCGAGGGCUUACUUUACAUGUGCUUGUGCGCGUACUUGCCCUGAAAAGUGCAACCAGCGGAUUAUCAACAAUUUAGAAAACCGAGGCUUGGAAUACAUUGUGUUCGAUUGUGUCAUUCCAGUCAUCAAAUGCUUCGGUCCUGCUUCUGUUAACUGUUGACUCCAAAUAUAAAGAAAUUCACUUCCCCUGCAGCAAAAGUAACUUAACAUGCAAGAUCCCAAUGCAGAUACAGAGUGGAAUGAUAUUCUUAGGAGCAAAGGAAUUAUUCCUCCAAAGGAGAAAGAGAUAUCUGAGGAAGAUGUCAUAAAUGUUCUUGAGCAAACUAUUGAUGAGAAAACCCAGUGCAAUGCAAAGAAACUAGAAGUAUUAUCUUUGGACGAGUUGGAUGAAUUAGAAGAUGAAGAAGAUGAAAAAGUUAUUUUGGAAUAUCGAAGAAAACGAAUUGCAGAAAUGAAGGCAGAAGCAGCUAAAGCUCGUUAUGGAGAUGUCCGAGAAAUUAGUGCUGAAGAUUAUGUGCUGCAUGUCAAUAAAGCUGGUGAAGGAGUUUGGGUUAUUUUACAUCUGUAUAAGCAAGGCAUUCCGUUAUGCACCUUGCUGAACCAACACUUAUCUUUACUUGCUGCAAAGUUCCCAGCUACAAAGUUCUUGAAAAGUAUUUCAACAACAUGUAUUCCAAACUACCCAGACAGCAAUUUGCCAACAAUAUUUGUCUACUUUGAAGGAGACCUGAAGAGGCAGUUUGUUGGGCCUCAUGAGUUUCGAGGCAUGAAUAUUACAGUUGAUGAACUCGAAUGGAUUCUUGGGCAGGUUGGUGCAGUUAAAACUACUCUCCAAGAAGAUCCUCGACCGAAGGUCAAAGAUGUUUUAUUCAGCAAAUUAAAAAGUAACGAUGAUGAUCUCAGUGAUGACAACGAUUGGUGAUAGUUGGAAUAUUUAUUUUACACUUGUGGAAAAAAUAUUUAAAAAAUAAGUAUUUAUAUUUCUUAUAAUUGUUCAUGGAAUUUCACUGUUGCCUUUGUAUAUUUACAAACUGUACAGAUGUUUUGAUGGACUCAGUGACAACACUCAAUUGUGUUUUUGAAAUUGUGAAAAAGACCUUGAAUAAACUUCUUUGUUAUAUUUGUGAGUGUGUGUGUGUGUGUUUAACAAAAUGGAAUUUUGACCUAACCAAAAGAAUUAAAUAGAUUUCUAGAGA